AUGCUCUCCCGUAUUGCUACUGGAUCCGUGUCUGCUGCUGUUGCCCCUGCCAGCCGUAUGAUGGCCGCUAGGUGCUUUUCCGUUGCUGUCGGCGAUGCCCUGCCCAAUGUGACUGUGAGGGAGGCUGACCCUGGUGACACCAAGUCGCUUCGCGAUAUUUUCGGUAACGACAAGGGAAUCCUCUUUGGAGUUCCCGGCGCAUUCACUCCAACCUGUGACCAAUCUCACUUGCCUGGUUUCAUUCGUGAUUAUGACAAGCUCCAGCAGAAGGGUGUUAAGACUGUUGCUUGUAUGGCUGUGAAUGAUCCCUUUGUGAUGCAAGCUUGGGGAAAGAUCAAGGGUGCUGACGGAAAGGUCCGCAUGCUAUCCGAUGUCGAUGGCGAGGCUGCCAAGGCUCUUGGUACCAACUUCGAUGCUACUGAUGUCCUCGGACCCAUCCGCACUAAGAGGUUCGCCGCUAUCGUCGAUAAUGGCAAGAUCACUGAUCUAGAGGUCGAGCCCGAUGGAACUGGUCUCUCGUGCUCGAGGUCCUCCAACAUCAUGGAGAAGUUGUAA